UCCGCUCCGCUCCGCAUGGACGGCCAGGGCAUGCCGGGCGGCUCCAGCCCUGCCCGGAGCCGGAGCGCGGCGGUGCGACCGUCCCGGCUCCCCUGCGGCUUCCCCCGGGGGGGCAGCGGCCUCUUGCCGCCGGCGCCCGGGGUCCUGUCUCCGGUCACCAACCUGGCCCUCAAUCUGAACAACCUGGCCGGGCUGGGAAGUCCAUAUGACACCCCAAAGAGGAAGAAGCUGGAGAUCGGCUUCAAGAGCGAAUGGUCUUCGCUGUCACAGGACUCCGUCUCGUCUGAGUCGUCGCAGGACUCUGGGUGGUCCGAGUCUUUGGAUUCAGGAGUUGGGCUGGAUUCCCCUGGACAGCUGGACCCAGAACCCUUUGAAGAAGUCUUCGAGAAAGCAAUUCUGGAAUCGGGAAGAGCUGUCAAAGGCAAAAGAUUCCCCGUCCGGAGGAUCCACUCCCUGCCGGAGAGGCUCCUAGGCACCAGCCCUGCCCUGAAAAACAUUUCCAACGCCCAGGAGUUCAGCAGCCCGGAGACACACGAACGGCCCUCACGCCGGAAAGAGAACAAGGAGAAUGCAGGGUUUGUAUUUAAGAUCCCACUGAGGCCCACCAAUCACAGCCGGCUUCACCCCUUCGAUGGGAGCAGCGAGAAGGACCCUUUUGCACAGAGACCAAACUCCGCCCCGGACCUCCUGUGUGGCACCCCCGAGAAGGAGAACAUGGGGGUGGAAGCCGAGAGCCCAGUGUUCCUACGCCGCUCCUCCCUCACCUCCUUCGUGACCGACGAAGAGGACGAUGGGUUUAUGGAGAUCCUGGACGAGGAGGAGCUGAAGAACGACGCGGACGUGCCGCCGGGGAUGGAGAACCUGCUGACUGCCCCACUGGUGAAAAAGGAAGGCGCUGAUCUGAGGUCGGUGAGACACAGCAAAUGUCGCCAGCUCUUCAGGUCCCCCUCCAUGCCCAGCAGCGUGAUCCGGCCCAUCCUGAAGCGGCUGGACAGGCCACAGGACAAAGACACUCCGGUCAAAACCAAGAGGCGGAAGAGCGUAGCUGGCACCCCGAUCGAGGAGAAGGCGGAGGAGCCGAAAUCAAGGCUGUUGCGCUCCAGGUCCUUCUGCCAUGAUGAGAUCGAGAACAUCUUGGAUAACGAUCACCGAGAACUCAUCGGGGACUUCUCAAAGGCUUAUCUUCUACAGACUGUGGAAGGGAGACAUCAGGACUUGAAAUACAUCUCCCCAGAAAUGAUGGUGGCCGUGCUGAACGGCCACUUCAACAGCCUCAUUGAGAACUGUGUGAUCGUGGACUGCCGGUAUCCCUACGAAUAUGAAGGGGGUCACAUCAAGGGGGCUGUGAACCUGCCGCUGGAGCAGGACAUCGAGGACUUCCUGCUGAGGAACCCCAUCGUCCCGUUGGACGUGCAGAAGAGGGUGAUCGUGAUAUUCCACUGUGAAUUUUCUUCGGAGAGGGGUCCCAGAAUGUGCCGGUUUGUCAGGGAAAAAGAUCGGGCACGCAAUGAGUACCCCAACCUGCACUAUCCCGAACUGUACAUCUUGAAAGGAGGAUACAAAGAAUUCUUCCCGCAGUACCAAGUACAUUGCGAACCUCGGGACUAUCGUCCCAUGCAUCACGAGGACUUCAAGGAGGACCUGCGGAAGUUCCGUCAGAAGAGCCGCACGUGGGCAGGAGAGAAGAGCAAGCGGGAGCUAUACAGCCGCCUCAAGAACUUCUAAAGGGGCCUGGGGACGCUGGGGCGGGGUGGGGGGGCCACAGGGCAACUGCCACAUGCAUUGAAGAGAGACUUGACACACCUUGCCGCAAGGCUGGGGCUGGUUCCCGAGGUGAGAACUGUUCUGCUGAGCCAGUUCUUUGGAGAUCCAUCUACUCCUUGGCCAGGAAGCCAUGGGACAGAGUAACACACACACAUACCUCCCGUAACCGCACAUACCUCCCGUAACAACAGAACUGGGUGGCGCUCAAGGGCGUCCAAAUCCCCUGGGCUUGUUGCCAUCUCCAUGCUGUGAAACUCCUGCCGGGGGUAGGAUUUGUAGCUGUGAGGUUGACCCAGAUCCUCCAUGAAUGGGUGGUUGCACUGGACAUGGAAGCGAGGCUGGAUAUUUCAGGUACCAUGGAAGGGUCGGGUUGAAGCUGUCCAAGUCUGCGUGUUUCAAAUGGCAGCUGUUCUCUGACCUGAUUGGUGGGAUCAUCUUUCAGCAUCUGCAGUGGCACCUGCAUUGCCUUGAGGAGGUGAAAACCAGGACGCUGUUGAGCAUCCACCAAUUGCUGCAAGAGGUGUGAGUGUUGCAUCAUGCCCCCCUGCAAGCUGUUCUGGGUGUGGAUGUGUCCACAAGCUGUUGUGCCUUCAGUCUCUUGAAAGGUUAAACAAAUCAAAUGCAAUCUGAAGCUGACUCAGGGGAAGGCCGUGCUUGACUGAGAUCUUCAUUUCUGCCCAGUUCAGUUCUUCUAGGGCCUCCUGGAGCCUCAUGACCCUUGGGUGCAGUGUGGAUUGCUGUCUUAACAAGGGAUGUUGUUUGUCCUUUUAAUUUUACAUGCAUUAUUGAAAUCAUGGCCAAGAGCAGGAAUGCUCCGGGGGCGGGGUGAGGGGGCUAAAAAGAGGCCUCAGGGACUGGGGAAAAGCUCCAGGAUUUGCCAAAUUCAGUGCUGAAAAAAGCUCUACUAGACCGAGGAGCCCCAGUGCCUUUUCAAAUCCCAUCUCUUCCAGUCAUCAGGGCCGGAACCAAAGGCCCAUAUCCAGCUCCCCCUCAAGCCGGCUCCACACGCGCUUGGGCUUGGAUGGGAGGCGGGUGAGGAAUUUCCAGCUCCCAGUGACAAAUCUUCCAGAUCCCCUCGGCUCUGCCAUUGGCAGAUCUUAGAACCGUCCCCUGCCGAUUGCCAGCUCACUUCCCCCCUGCCCCCAUGUCAGCAGCCACCGUCUCCAACAGCUACAGCGACAACCCAGCACUAUAGAGCCCUGGCGUCCCCUAAAGCAUUCGCCUCUGACUCUAGCCAUGAAUAAGCCUGGCUGUUAACGUCAUUGGCAUCGAUUUAAGUGGAGAGCGACGGACGGGGGCUAGCGACCUUGCUGGGAGUGGCUCAGACCUCACGAUGACAGGAACAGGCUAAGUGGGUGGAGGCCACACCCAGCAAAACAAACCAGCGCAUUAAGAUGUGCACGGGCCUCGCUGAGUGAUCUUAAUAUAGCCACUCUGUCAUGGCUACCCCACUGCACCCUGACAUCCAGUCUGUUCGUGACCCUCAUUUAAAAGCCCCCCCCCCCCGCCUCUUCUGGGCAGUAACUUGUUUUGUGAAGUGACUAAUAUGGGGGUGUUGUGGGGAGACAGAGGCAGGGCUCGAAAAUGGAGAAGCAAGAUGGUAAUCAGAGCGAUGUGACUUGGAAGGUGAAUUAUCUGACUUUGCAAGACUGAAAAAAGUAGAGAUCGGCACCAGAUGCUCACGGUGCCUUUCCAAGCCCUGGCCCUGGGAUGGUGACGAGAAGAGAGUUCGAUUCCUCUCGUCCUAUUCAGAGUGGAGGAUUUAGGAAACGGAUAAAACCAGUUGGAGGUGGGCAGAAUGGCUUGGACUCGGCUGGAGCCAGCUCAUAUUUUAUCUGCUCUUGAGGUCAGAAACAGUUCCCUCAACUCCUGCAAGGUCACACCUAGAGAGCCUGUUUGUGGCACAAGGUGGAAACACCAACUUCUGCCUGAGGCAAUGCUGCUGUGCAGGAUGUGUGAUCUGACUGAAAGCAAAUCCCAUGAGGCGCCUAGAUCAGAGGGUAGCGAAGCAUCUGGUCCUGCUAGGCUCCAAAAUUGCUCGCUUCAGAGGGCCUUGGUUAGCCUAAACCCGCCACCUGAUCGUCCCCAUAGGGCAGGUGGGGAUGCUCUACAGCCUCCCUCUACAUCACACUGCUGAGUUCAGGGAGGCAGCGGAGUCUGGUGGUUAGAGCCAAGCCUGGGGAAGUCAGGGCCACCUUGGUUUUGUUCUUGGGUUAGGCUCUGGGCCUGAGUCUCCUUUUAAUUACAGGUAUAAAAACCCAGUUUAGCUCCAGUGGGGUCAAUCCACAUUUGCAUCAGGGUAAAUUUAGAUCUAAAUUAGGGCUUUAACCUCUUGCUGCCUCAGUUUCCCCAUCUGUGUGUUGUAGGAUUUGACACUGCUGCCCAUCACUGUAGUAUCUGACUGCCUGACCCGUCUUUGCACCAAUGGGCAAGGGGUAAAAACACUGUCCGCGGAGCUUGUCGUGCAAAUGUAUCUUUUGUGGGCUUGUGUUCUCUGUGACCAGUGGAAUUGUGGGGCCGGAUUCACCAUUGCGAUGCUCCGUGAGUGUAAUUGCAUUGAACCAAUAGGAACCUGACGUCGGGGCUAUCCCACGGGUGUAUCUAAUCAGUAAUAACUAGUGUGAAUUGGCCCAGUGAAAAACAGGCUGUGAAAUGGAGAAUCUUCCAGCCUCCGAAUAGCCAUGAACUAAAACCACCUGGGAGAAACUCUUCAAUCCCGUGUUGUGUGAUUACCCUGGGGCAGCUAGGGCUGGGUUGGUCCCUCUGGCGCGUCCUCAGUAUUGAAUCUAACUUAAGAGCAAGAAACUAGAAGCACUGGGAUGCCCACAGCGGGGCUCAGUCUGCAGCAACGUGGGAAAAGCACUUAAACCGAAUUUGCCCCCAAAGAGCAAGACCAGCUGCAGCUCUGUGCCUGCGUAAGGGCCCGAUGCUCUGCUUGCUCCGGCGUAAAUCAACAGUGACUGCCUUGGAGUCAGAGGGAGGAUGGUGUCCUGGGAAAGGUGAGGCGAGAUCAGGCCGUGCCUCCUGCACUGAUCCGAGUUCUGAAUCAUUGGUAACAUUAACUCUUCGAUUGCAUCUGACGCCAGGGGUGUGUGUGUUGUUUGUUUUUUAAUUAUUUAACAGAUUUUGUAUUUUAAUAAUGCUAUUUCCAGAUAUGUUAAGCGAUUUUUUUUAUGUAGUGUGCGGGGAGGGUUUCCAGGGUUAUCUUUCAUGUAUAUUUAUGACCCUAAAAUUUCCAGUGUCGAUUUGUACAAAUGAUCAAAUCAGUCACUCGUGGCUGCAACAAGAAUAAAACCCCCUAUGGAGGUGGAGGCUUAAAUGACCCAGUGGGCUGGAUUCGGAUCCCGCAUCUUCCAGCGCAAGUAUGAAGCAAUGCCAUUGACUCGAGCUUGAAACCGAUCUGGCCCCCGCUAUGGAAACGCUACCCGAUCCGCAUUUACACUGGUGUGAAUGACACCAUGAGGUGCAAGGCAGCUUGGUGUUUCCUAAACUACCCUCCAGUGGAGAUGUCCUGCCUUUAACAGAGGGGUGCUCUGCCCCGACCGAUCAGGUGCAUGCUACCCGUGUGGUACAGGAGACUCAUUGGACUGAAGCUGAUUGCAGAGUGUUGGGUAUUGUGAGCUGUGUGAUUGCUUUUGUUUUCUUUGUCUGUACAUUUGUGUUAAAAGAUUGACACCCCUUCAUGACUUAUUUUUCUAUGUCUGGGGAGAGGAGAUAUCUCCCGGUUUCCGAUGCAGUGAUGUGUAACCAAGAGAAAAAUAAACGUCUGGGUCAAAGGUA